UAGUUGAAAUUUCUAUGUACUGUCUUCUCAAUUACUUCUCUUAAUAGCUCUCAAAUUCCUCUCUCUCUCUAUCUCUCGAAGUUGAAAAAAGUCUUCUCGCCAUUUAUUCUCAGUUUAUUCUCUGUAAUUUCUCUCUUUGGGUCUCACUUUUUCUGCUCUGCUCUGUGUAACCAUGGAAGAACGUUAUGAGGCAGUGAAAGAACUUGGGUCAGGGAAUUUUGGAGUAGCAAGGUUGGUCAGAGAUAAGAAAACUAAAGAACUUGUUGCUGUCAAAUACAUCCCCAGAGGAAAAAAGAUUGAUGAAAAUGUUCAGCGGGAAAUCAUCAAUCACCGGUCGUUGAAGCAUCCAAAUAUUGUUCAAUUCAAGCAGGUUCUGUUAACACCAACACAUUUAGCUAUUGUCAUGGAGUAUGCAGCUGGUGGUGAACUUUUCGAGAGAAUUUGCAGUGCAGGCCGAUUUAGUGAAGACGAGGCAAGAUUUUUCUUCCAACAGCUAAUAUCCGGAGUCAGUUACUGCCAUUCUAUGGAAAUUUGUCACAGGGACCUGAAGCUAGAAAAUACGCUCCUGGAUGGAAAUCCCACUCCACGCCUUAAAAUCUGUGAUUUCGGUUAUUCAAAGUCGGCUAUAUUGCAUUCGCAACCCAAAUCAACAGUAGGAACACCAGCUUACAUUGCGCCAGAGGUGUUGUCACGGAAGGAAUAUGAUGGCAAGAUAGCAGAUGUUUGGUCAGCUGGUGUCACACUUUAUGUUAUGUUAGUAGGAGCAUAUCCAUUUGAGGAUCCUGAGGAUCCCAGAAAUUUCAAGAAGACAAUCGGGAGAAUCAUGAGUGUAACCUACACCAUACCGGACUACGUCCGUGUAUCUGCAGAAUGCCGGCAUUUGCUCUCACAAAUUUUCUUCGCGAACCCAUUAAAGAGGAUCACCAUUCCGGAGAUAAAAAGGCAUCCCUGGUUCCUUAAAAACUUACCAAGAGAGCUGGUGGAAGCUGAGAAAUCAAAUUACCAUUACCAGCCAGUUGAAAAUUACCAACCAACCCAAAGCGUGGAAGAGAUAAUGCAGAUUAUCCAAGAAGCACGCACACCAGGAGAAGAAUUAAACACGCAGAACCAGACCACAGUCGGAAUGAUGGAUCCUGAGGAUGACGAAAGCAAUGCUGAAUCUGAAGCCGAGGGCAGUGGAGACUUAUGGUAAGAACUACCGCGACAUUGUUGUAGUUAAAACCAGUUUGUACAGUGAAUCCAAAUUAUGGAAGAAACAACACAAACCCUACUCUGAAUCGAGUGAAUUUGAAACCCGAAACUGUAUUUCAUUUUGUGAGUUUAUGAAUUGUUCGCGAACUAUUAGACAUUUAAGUUUAAAGUUUUUCAUCUAGAAUUGCGUUGUCAACUUGUAUUGUCAACUUGGUGUGCCACCAGGGGAUAACCUAAGGUGCUAAUGCAACUUACCAAAAAUGAGUUAUUGUACCA